AUGGAGCUCAGUGAUGCAAAUUUGCAAACGCUAACAGAAUAUUUAAAGAAAACUCUUGAUCCUGAUCCCGCCAUCAGACGUCCAGCUGAGAAGUUUCUUGAAUCUGUGGAAGGAAAUCAGAAUUACCCACUGUUGCUUUUAACAUUACUGGAGAAGUCCCAGGAUAAUGUUAUAAAAGUGUGUGCCUCAGUAACAUUCAAGAACUAUAUUAAAAGAAACUGGAGAAUUGUUGAAGAUGAACCAAAUAAAAUUUGUGAAACUGACCGAGUAGCCAUUAAAGCCAACAUAGUUCACUUGAUGCUUAGCAGCCCGGAGCAAAUUCAGAAGCAGUUAAGCGAUGCCAUUAGCAUAAUCGGUAGAGAAGAUUUCCCUCAGAAAUGGCCCAACUUGUUGACAGAAAUGGUGAAUCGCUUUCAGAGUGGUGAUUUUCACGUUAUUAAUGGAGUCCUUCGUACAGCACAUUCUUUAUUUAAAAGAUACCGCCAUGAAUUUAAGUCAAACGAGUUAUGGACUGAAAUUAAACUUGUUCUGGAUGCCUUUGCUUUACCUUUGACUAAUCUAUUUAAGGCCACCAUUGAACUCUGUAGUACCCAUGCAAAUGAUGCCUCUGCCCUGAGAAUUCUUUUUUCUUCCCUGAUAUUGAUCUCAAAAUUGUUCUACAGUUUAAAUUUUCAGGAUCUUCCUGAAUUUUUUGAAGAUAAUAUGGAAACUUGGAUGAACAAUUUUCAUACUCUUUUGACAUUAGAUAAUAAACUUCUACAAACUGAUGAUGAAGAGGAAGCAGGCUUAUUGGAGCUCCUAAAAUCCCAGAUUUGUGAUAAUGCUGCACUGUAUGCACAAAAGUAUGAUGAAGAAUUUCAACCGUACCUGCCUCGUUUUGUCACAGCCAUCUGGAAUUUACUAGUUACAACAGGUCAAGAGGUCAAAUAUGACUUGUUGGUAAGUAAUGCAAUUCAAUUUCUGGCUUCAGUUUGUGAGAGACCUCACUAUAAGAAUCUGUUUGAGGACCAGAACACGCUGACAAGUAUCUGUGAAAAGGUUAUUGUGCCUAACAUGGAAUUUAGAGCUGCUGAUGAAGAAGCCUUUGAAGAUAAUUCUGAGGAAUACAUAAGAAGAGAUUUGGAAGGAUCCGAUAUUGAUACUAGACGAAGGGCUGCUUGUGAUUUAGUACGAGGAUUAUGCAAGUUUUUUGAGGGACCCGUGACCGGAAUCUUCUCUGGCUAUGUUAAUUCCAUGCUGCAGGAAUAUGCAAAAAAUCCAUCUGUCAAUUGGAAGCACAAAGAUGCAGCCAUUUACCUAGUGACAUCUUUGGCAUCAAAAGCCCAGACACAGAAGCAUGGAAUUACACAAGCAAAUGAGCUUGUAAACCUGACGGAGUUCUUUGUGAAUCACAUUCUCCCCGAUUUAAAAUCAGCAAAUGUGAAUGAAUUUCCUGUCCUUAAAGCUGAUGGUAUAAAAUACAUUAUGAUUUUUAGGAAUCAAGUACCAAAAGAACAGCUUUUGAUUUCUGUUCCUCUCUUGAUUAAUUAUCUUCAAGCUGAAAGUAUUGUUGUUCAUACUUACGCAGCACAUGCUCUUGAGAGGCUGUUCACUAUGAGGGGGCCUAACCAUGCCACUCUCUUUACAGCUGCAGAAAUCGCACCGUUUGUUGAGAUUCUGCUAACAAACCUUUUCAAAGCUCUCACACUUCCUGGCUCUUCAGAAAAUGAAUAUAUUAUGAAAGCUAUCAUGAGAAGUUUUUCCCUCCUACAAGAAGCCAUAAUCCCUUAUAUCCCUACUCUCAUCACUCAGCUUACCCAGAAGCUGUUAGCUGUUAGUAAGAACCCAAGCAAACCUCAUUUUAAUCACUAUAUGUUUGAAGCAAUAUGUUUAUCCAUAAGAAUAACGUGCAAAGCCAAUCCUGCUGCUGUUGUAAAUUUUGAAGAGGCUUUGUUUCUGGUGUUUACUGAAAUUUUACAGAAUGAUGUACAAGAGUUUAUUCCAUAUGUCUUUCAAGUGAUGUCUUUGCUUCUGGAAACACACAAAAAUGAUAUUCCGUCUUCCUAUAUGGCCUUAUUUCCUCAUCUCCUCCAGCCAGUGCUUUGGGAAAGGACAGGAAAUAUCCCUGCUCUAGUGAGGCUUCUCCAAGCGUUCCUAGAACGCGGGUCAAGUACCAUAGCAAAUGCUGCAGCUGACAAAAUACCUGGAUUAUUAGGUGUUUUUCAGAAGCUCAUUGCAUCCAAAGCCAAUGACCACCAAGGUUUUUAUCUUCUAAACAGUAUAAUAGAGCACAUGCCUCCUGAGUCAGUUGACCAGUACAGGAAGCAAAUCUUCAUUUUAUUAUUCCAGAGACUUCAAAAUUCCAAAACAACAAAGUUUAUCAAGAGUUUCUUAGUCUUUAUUAAUUUGUAUUGCAUAAAAUAUGGGGCGCUGGCAUUACAAGAAAUAUUUGAUGGAAUACAACCAAAAAUGUUUGGCAUGGUUUUGGAAAAAAUUAUUAUUCCUGAAAUUCAGAAAGUAUCUGGAAAUGUAGAGAAAAAGAUUUGUGCGGUUGGCAUAACCAAACUACUAACAGAAUGUCCCCCAAUGAUGGACACUGAGUAUACAAAGCUAUGGACUCCUUUACUGCAGUCUCUGAUUGGCCUUUUUGAGUUACCUGAGGAUGAUUCCAUUCCUGAUGAAGAACAUUUUAUUGAUAUAGAAGAUACACCAGGAUACCAGACUGCCUUCUCACAGUUGGCAUUUGCUGGGAAAAAAGAGCACGAUCCCGUAGGGCAAAUGGUGACCAACCCCAAGAUUCACCUGGCACAGUCACUUCACAAACUGUCUACUGCCUGUCCAGGAAGAGUUCCAUCAAUGGUGAGCACCAGUCUCAAUGCAGAAGCCCUCCAGUAUCUCCAAGGGUACCUUCAGGCAGCCAGUGUGACCCUGCUUUGA